AUGUCCCAUUGGAUUGAGGCGAGUACAGUCAGACCCGGUGGGGAAAGGAAGAAGCGGCGUGACCUGAAUGGGCUUGCGACUUCAAGGUGUAGCCUUGUACUUUGUGAUACCACUGGUGAUUGUGACAUCUACAUUCAAGAUGUUCUCCUUGAUGAGGGACUGGCAGUCAGGGAAAGUCAUCCUAUACAAGAGCCUAAGCAGGAGGCUGUGGUUGACUUGGGAAGUCUGCCAGCAAUUCCAAUAAUUCCUGAUCUCUCUAGUGAGCAGUUGGAUCUGAAAAAUCAGCUACCAGUGCCAAAUAAUCCUGACCCACUGUGCAGGCAGUUUGAUCAAAAAAGUUUGCAAACAGUGCCAAACAAUCUGAACUCAACAAACAAACAAUGUGAUCUCCAUAGUAACUCUGAUUCAGCAAGUAAAAGCUUCGAUCAGACAACUAGUCAUGUCAUGAAAGUCAUGAAAGCAUUCAUGCUGAAGAUUAUAAAGCCCUUUGUUGCAAGAGAUGGGAACAUCUACCAUGUGAUCAAGAUUGGCUCUUGUCCAUAUUUGAGUCAGUUUGAUUUACAUAUGAUCUUCUGUGGAAGUGCCUCUUGCCCUGAUACAGCCAUGUGCAAGAUGCCUUCCUUCCUACAUGGUGUUAAAUGUUGUGCAUCUUUUUGCAAAGAGAUUGAGGAGAUGUUCACACAGGCCACUAUGAUGGCCAUCUCUGGGUGGAAGAGCAACAUGGAUUCAGUCCAGGUAUAUCCUUUGGGCUCUCUAUUGCUGGCUUUGGAGUCAGGAGAUAAGGAGGACAGUCCUGAGUUUGUGACCAUAUCCACAAUACUUGAGGGUUUUUCAGUGGAUGAUCCAUACUGGCAAGAGGAAUUCAUCAUCCCUUCUUCAGGUCAGCAUUCUGCUGAAACCAGUUUGGAAGCCUUACAGACACAACAAAAGCUGCUUGUGCUGGAGAAGAAUCAUAUACUCCAAGAGAUGAUGAAAGAUACUCCAGAUGAGACACUCAUGGAUAGACUGACCAAAGUUCGCAAGAAGAUAACAGACAUCAAGGAUCAAAUACAAAGACUUGAGCAUGGCUGCAAUACUUCAAGCAAGAUUUCUACCAAGAAAGGUAUGUGA